AUGGCCGAUCAGAACUCCUCCGACUGGAAAUUCCAUCCUCUCGCUUCCGAUUUUGAGCGAAGAGGACCUUUCCGCUACUUCGAUCUGCCCACGGAAAUCCGCUGUCAAAUCCUGGACUUGGCUUUAGCACCGGGGCAUUCCCCGCGUGGAGGCGCGGUUUCCGGAAUGGACCCACGAGCCGCCGGCAUGGGACUCCUUCAAGUCAGUCACAGAAUGCAAGACGAAGCCGAAGCCGUACUCUGCUCGGGAAAGAACAUUUUUUACCUACCCUUAUGCAAGAUGGGACAAUUCUAUGACUGGGCGUACCGGACGAUGAGAACCAUACCCCCAGUCAAGAAGCUCGAUUGCGCCUUCGAUAUGCGUGAUGUUGCGGAGAACACGUCCGCUAUGGUCCAACGGAUGAAAGCUGAGAACAGGCUCGAUGUCGUCGGGGACGACUUCGAGCGCCUUUCCAGGAGUGAGAAAGCGGAGCUUCUGCAUCGUGAGAGCUUUCUAGACCUCUUAUAUGUUUGGACGGACAAGAUCGACGCUUUUAUUGUGCUUGAUCUCGACCUACUCCGCCUUGAUCUGAGCAAUUGCCGGUGCCUCUCAGGAUGUUGCAGGCUUGGGCAAGGACUGCUAGAGAACCUGGAUUUCGACCAGACUUAUGCAGAGUAUCCUCAGCGAAUCGAAAUCAUAGGCGCUUUGAAGGAGGAAGAAAACUUGUGGAGAGCUGCAGUUCGACGAGGCAGUCACGUUCCCUUGGAACGCGUAUUCUUCAUAGAUGCUCCGGAGCAUGUCUGA